AUGGCGACUCUGCCGCCCAACUCUCUGCUCGCCCGGUCCCGGCAGACGCGCUCGGCAACCAUCACGAAAUCGUCGAACGGUCCUAUCACGCCCUUGAUAACCUCGAGUCCCAUCUCGACCACGCACGUAUCACUUUUUCUCACCAACCUGCGCCUCCUCGAUUUCCCCUCGUAUCCCGACUGGCCGGACUUUGAUGCGCAGACAUUCUCCGUACAAAAGAAGCGCAUCCACUGCGUGGAAUGGACUCUCUACCAGCUCUUUGUCCUCUGGGACCCCGAAGAGGCGCGGAAUAAGCUCCAACCCUUUUUCCCGCCCCGGGACCAUGUUCAAUCACUAAACUUGCGAACCGCCCUCCUGCGAAGCCUCGACCAGGCAAAGAAAAACGGCGUCCUCGGACGGGAUGCCGUCGUUCGCAAGACCAUGCUGGACGAGUGCAAGGGGGAACGGCUGGAGGAGGUUCUCGCCGUCUUUUCGUCCGCCGUCCUGAAGAAGAUCGUCGCCCAAGUCUCGGAAGCCGAGUGCGAGUAUCCUGCCAUCGCCCAGCAGCUGGCACUGGAGAACCGUGGAUACAGCGCAGAGCGGACAGAGCUUGUGGCACUUGCUCUCGCCCACCGAGCUUCCAUCACCAACGCGAUGCGACGAAAGGACGAAGCAAGGAAGCAAUACCACGACCUGGCCGAAAUGCUCGACCUGAAAGAGAGUGGCAUCGCCCGGAGAAGCGAAGAGAUCAAGACUACCAGAAGAGUCUCAAAGGGUCGGGACGUCCCAGACGACCUAAAGUUGGAUACUUGGCGGACUGUGCGAAAUAAUUGGGCCGGGAACGAGCAAUGGAUGGAGACCCUCUUCUACGGCGACUCGAAUGCGCGAAAGGAUGGCUUGUUGUCGGCACCGUUUGACAGAGUCUGGAGACGCUUGCAGUCUGGCAGACUUUCCGAACUGGAAGACCAUGGCAAAGGCCUUUUAGAGCAACUGGACGGCCGAGUUAAGACCCAGAGAGAGAGACUGGCACGUUGGCAAGACUUCCAGGCCAGCAUGUUUGGCGACAGGCGCAAGGCCGCCACAACUCACGGUUCACUGCCGAAAACGGCAAAACGGGGCAUCGACCUUGGAUUUGACGUUCACGAGAACCUUCAUAUGGGGCGGCUGAGUCCGAGGAAGCAGCUUGCCAAAAAGACCCAGCCCCUCACCGAGGACUAUGUAAGAAUCCUGCACGAUUGCAAUGCAGAACUGGCCCAAGUAAGCUCGGCACCCAUGAUCAAUCUCUCGGAAAUGCUGGGGCCACGAACGCGCCAGCCCGAAAAACCCGAAAUCGACGGAGGCGCAAGGGAGAGCAUCGGAGAAGAGACUGUCUCGGAGCUCAGCGAGUUGGAAGACGACAUUCAGGGCCUACACACCGGACUGCGGCGUCUUUCGCUGCACGACGAUGCGCCCCAACUUGGCAGACACAACGGCCGCCCAUCUCUCACGCUCUCCAACAAUACUCGAAGGCCAGCAGACCGAACCCCUUCCUUACACAGCCCACCCCUCUUACCCCCUGAUGUACCCGCCGAGCUUUCCAUACCCCCGCCAACUCCUCCUCUGCCCGAGGAAGAGGAAGUCACCGAAAAGCUGCCUAAUCGUCUGCCCAGCCCAUCUCCACCAGAAAGAGAAAGAGGGGAUUUCACCGCCACGUUUGGGAGGGAUGACAGCUCGCCAGAACCGCCCAAGUCUCCUACACAGGAGCUGGCAGACCAGAUAUUGGACGAUAUCGAUAACGCGUCGCCGUCACCCAUCAAACGAUCUAAGCCUCGUCAUACUUUGUCCCUUGCCGAGCGGACGCGGCUCUCCAUGGCUAGGUCCUCGCGUAGCGUCAGGUACGAGGCAGACGAUGAUGACGACGAUGAUACCCCGGGGCUGAAGCCUUCCAUGGGCAGCGUCAACCAGAAAAUGGAGGACCUUACGAUCAACAUUAUCGACGAAGACGACCUGGUGUCUCGUACACGAAAGAGCAUGGCGGGCUUCGAAGCCGCUCGGCAGAAAGCCCAACUGGAUAGGCAGAGGUCGUUAAAGAAGUCCAGGACGCGGGCGCGCACAGAAACCCAAGUCCCCGUCGUCGAAGAGGAGGAAGCAACGCUUCAGCUAGACCCGGAUGCAUCCAUCCUUGCUGAGGAGCUGAUGACGGUGGAAGACAUGGAGGCGGUCUUCAGAAGUCGGCCGAGGAUUAAGACAAGCCCGGCACCUUCUCCCUCGAGGAAGCCACUCAAUUAG